GGUUUAUACUUUUUGGUUUGUAGAUAAUUCACUUGUACUAUUCUACUGUAUGAAAAUGAAUGUUCAUCAUGGAUGAAUUCAUCCAAUGACUGCGUGCCUUUGAUACUGGUGUCGUAUGUUUGCUUUGAACGUAUGUUCUUGUUAUUUUCAUGGCUAUAUUUAUUUAAAUGUAAGAUUUGGUGAUAAAGCACUAAUUAUAUAUUAUUACAAUUGUUUUUCAAUUUAUAAUAUAUUUAUAUUGUUUUGAGGAGCAUCAUGAGUAAAUAUUUAAGUUCUUGUUAUUUAGGGUUUUAUAAGUUGAAUAUAUAUUUAAACAAAUUAUUACGUUUCGCAUCAAAUACUGGCCCAAUGACCGUUCUGGAUUUUUUGGGGGGCAUAAAUCAAAAGAUCGCAGUGUUACAAAUGUGUUGCCCGAGUUGAAUAGAUAUUCACGAGUUUACAAGAUGACACAGAUAUUGUUAUCUAUAUUUUCCUGAACCGCUGGACUGCCCAUAGCACGUUGUUCUAUUUAAGUAUAGGACACGGAGUUAAAUAUCAUGACUUAGAGUGGCACCACACGUAUUGUCCUUAAAUGUAGAGCGUUGUCGAAAUGAAAUACAUAGUCACGAAGUAAUUUAAGAUGGUCAAACAUCUUCAAAUCAUAAUGCUAUAUAUUUGUUUAUGUUAUGUUAUGUUGUUCAUGUUGAAAGGUAUGCAAUUUGUGGAUGUGUUUUCUAAUUUGUUAUAACACAAACACUUAACGUGUCUGAAAACAGUCACCUGAUGCUGAUUGGAAAAAAAGAGGAAACGGACAUUUUUCCGUUCGUUUGGAACUUCAAGGCAUUUGAACGUGAAUUGUAGUUAGUAAGAUUCACGCUACUUAUUUGAUUUAUAUCUGAGAUGGAGCUAUGUUUGUUAUGUUUCAAUAAUUCUAGUUGACGGACUCUUAUAACAAUUGAAUAACAAAGGGCCCUGAGGCAGUAUGGAAACGUACAGGGUCUUAUUUUAGCUUUCCAGUUACUUUUAUGCACUCAUAUGUUCGACUUAAACGAAUGAUGUUACUUCAUACGCUUGAGAAUGGUAUGCAAUGAUCUAUAAUAAAGUUCAUCAGAAUAGUCUAAAUUAAGCUGAAAGAGAUUCGCUUGUAUCUAUAGAAAUUUUUGUUAAAAUAAUGAGAUUGAGAUUGAUAUUAAUUGUAUCAUAAUUAAUAUAUAUGUGUGUAAUUUUACUUACUCUUUAACUAAAACAUAAACUAUAUAACAUACGGAAACAUAUUUUUUCUUUGUGUUAUUGAUUUAAAAUAUAUUCCCUUUUGCAGUUAGCCAUGCAUCACCUGACCCUAAAGAAAUCGGUUUGGAAGCUCAAUACAGAAAUUCGUUUCCCUUCUACGUUAAGUGACCACCUAUGUCCCGCCAUAAUCGACCUCGACUGUGCAUACCAUCAUGUUGUCUCCGACGAGCAUCUAUGCGACACACACGGACAAACCCACAAUACCUAUUGCGAGUUCGCAAAGGCCCGCUGUAGAGAAGUAAUCCAUCCGUACCAGCAUCCCGUGGCCUUGAAUCUCGCUUACGAGGGCGAAUGUACCGGCGUUCCAACAACAUUCACCGCCACUGAAAAACCAGCAUCGGAUCAGACGACACACGAAAACUUGCCGAUGACAACGAUAACCGAAGAACCAAAGAAAAAGUCCACUACUUCCGUGCACACGGUGCUACAAAACGUGUUCUGUCAGCAGUUACGUUAUGUCAGCUGUAACAGCGACUAUGACAUCGUCUGUGCGUCUGACAAGCGAUAUUACUUCAACAGAUGCGAAUUGGCAAAGGUCCAGUGUAAGGAGCGAUCACUUUACGAGGCGGACUUCACAAGAUGCGGUGUCCAUCGCAUGUGAUGAAAUGGACAAAAGGAUACGAUUGACAUUGUAAAAAUCUCUACAUUUGACCGAAUGUAGUUUACUCACAAGGAUGAUUACUCGCAGGUUUUCACCGCACCCUCCCCCCAAAAAACUUGCCGCGACUCUCCGCGAUGUAAAAAAAACCAACACGUUAUGUCGGUACCACACCCGUUACUUUUACUGAAUUCAUUUAAUAAACUUCAUUUCAUAAA